AAAAGGGCAGACCAGACAAGCUUAAUUUAAAAAGUGUUUUACAAGAGAGAUACGAUCAGUGAAUGUAUUAUCUUUGCAAACAAACUCGAUUUGAAUAAAACUGUAGAGUUACGACAGGGCAAUGCUACUGUACAAAGGUUAACUGAAGAAGCCUACUCUCAUUAACCCGUGAACUUCACUCAUAAAGCCCACUCAUUCUUAGAAAACGUCCUCGGUUACCUCUCACUCUCCUUUCUGCCUGGCUGGCUACCAAUGCAUAUUGACCACAAUUGGUUCCAGCUGUUUUUCCCAUUAUUUACCGUUUUAUAUUACAGUUUUUUUUAAAUGGCUCAACAAGAAUAUAAGCUUCUCGGUGACCAGUUGUUUACGUAUAAAGGCCAGGUGUUUCCCGUGGAUGACACGCAAGAAUUAACCACGGACUAUAUCGACAGCUUGGAACACUUUGAGAUCAGGGACAGUGAUGUUUUCCUUGUCACUUUCCCCAAAUCAGGUAAGAAGAUUAUUGAAAAGUAUUACUUUUACACUGAAAGUAACUACAGAGGUCUAAUAAACAUGACUGGUGCUUGCACAUCUAUUACAAAUUGAGUGGGUUAUAAUUAAAGCAUGAAUAAGACAACAUUCACAUUAAACAAAUUAACAGCUGACUUUCAGCAUUCUUAUAGGGAAGAUGUACGGCACUUACAUUUACAUUUACAUUUUAGUCAUUUAGCAGACGCUCUUAUCCAGAGCGAUUUACAGUUAGUGAAUACAUAUUUUUUUUAUACUGGCCCCCCGUGGGAAACGAACCCACAACCCUGGCGUUGCAAACGCCAUGCUCUAUCAACUGAGCUACAUCCCUGCCGGCCAUUCCCUCCCCUACCCUGGACGACGCUGGGCCAAUUGUGCGCCGCCCAUGAGUCUCCCGGUCGCGGCCGGCGGCGACAGAGCCUGGAUUCGAACCAGGAUCUCUAGUGGCACAGUUAGCACUGCGAUGCAGCCAAAUGAUGAUUGGCUGAAAUAAAUUGACAAUAAGAAGAUUGUGGGAGCUGUUUUGUUAGACUUCAGUGCAGUUUUUGACAUUAUCAAUCAUAGUCGGCUGCUGGAAAAACGUGUUAUGACUUUACAUCCCCUGCUAUAUCGUGGAUCGACAGUUACCUGUCUAACAGAACACAGAGGGUGCUCUUUAAUGGAAGCCUCUCCAACAUGAUCCAGGUAGAGUCAGGCAUUCCCCAUAAGACAUGCCACCAGGGGUCUCUUCACAGUCUCCAAGUCCAGAACAGACUCUGGGAAAGGCACAGUACUACAUAGAGCCAUGACUAUGUGGAACUGUAUUCCACAUUAUGUAACUCAGUCAAGCAGUAAAAUCAGAUUUAAAAAACAGAUUAAACUACACCUUAUGGAACAACUUCGACUGUGAAGAGACACACACAGGCACACACACGCAUUUGCACAUGCUAACACACACUCUACACACACGUACAUUGUAAUGUUGUAAUAUUGUGGUAUUAUAAAUGUUGCAUUGUAGAUAAGUAGUGGUAGAGUAGUGACCUAAUAAUAUGUUUGUUGUAUGACGUAGUAAAAAAAAAAAAAAAAAAGGGAUGUAAUUGCCUUAAUCUUGUUUGGACCCAGGAAGACUAGCUGCUAAUGGGGAUCCUUAAUACAUGCCAAAAAAAUAACAAGAUAUGCAAAUUUUGUGGUUGGUUUUCAUCUGAAGCUAUUGGCUAAAGGCCUUUGCGGGGACAACAAAAAGGGACGAAAAGGGGCAUUACAGAACCCCAACCCCCUUUUUUAAAAGGGAGAAGGAGCGAGAGGAGAGAGAGAGAGGAGAGAGGCGAGAGGGGGGAAAAAGAAAAAAAAAAAAAAAAAAAAAGAAAAAAAAGAACGAAAAAACAAAAGAAAAAGGGGGAAAAAAAAAAAAAAAAAAAAGCAAAAAAACGGAAGAGAGGGAGAGGAGAGGAGAGGAGAAAAGAAAAGAGAGGGGAGAGAGGAACGGGGGAGGAGAGGGAGAGGAAGAGAGGAGAGGAAAAAAAAAAGGGGGGAAAAAAAAAAAAAAGGAGGAGGAGAGAGAAGGGAGAGGGAGGAAGGGGAGAGGGGAAAAGGAGAGAGAGAGAGAGAGGGAGAGAGAGAGAGAGAGGAGAGAGAGGAAGAGAGGAGAAGAGAAGAGAGAGAGACGAGAGAGAAGAGAGAGAGGGAGAGAGAAGAGAGAGGAGAGAGAGAGAAAGAGAGAGAGAGAGAGGAGGCCGAAGAGAGAGAGAGAGAGAGAAGAGAGGAGAGAGAGAGAGAGAGAGGAGAGGAGAGAGAGAGAGAGAAAAGAAAAAAGAGAAAGAACAACGCGAAGACGAGAAAGAGAGAGAGGAGAGAGAGAGAGAAGAGCAGGAGAGAGAGAGAGAGAAGAGAGAGAGAGAGAGAGAGGAGAGAGAGAGAGAGGAGGAGAGAGAGAGAGAGAGAGCGAAGAGCAGAGCGAGAGAGAGAGAGAGAGAGAGAGGAGAUAGAGAGAGAGAGCGAAGAGAGAGAGAGAGAGAGUAGAGAGAGCCGAGAGAUAAGCUCUGCUCUCGCUAGCUCACCUCUACUCUUUUUUCCUCUCCCUCUCUCUCUCUCUCUCUCUGUCUCUCUCUCUCUAUCUAUCUAUAUCUCUCUCUCAGCUCUAUAUUGCCCAGUGUCUGUAGACCAGUAAGUCUGCUCUCUCACUCUGAAGGAUUGUGCAAUAGUUAGUCUUGGCUAGAGGCCAAAACGCUGCAAACAGCCAUCUUUCCUUUGGACUGUCAAUAUUAUUAUGGUUACAACAACACAUAUGGACACAGACAUGGAAACGCAGACACAGGCAUGCACUCAUACACACAAACACAUAACCUGUGAGACACACACACACACAUCUGUUUUUGUUUUCUAUUUUGCUAUUUUAGUAAGUACAGAAGCUCAUGUGUUCCUCCAGCAUGGUAUCUGAGGUUUGAGUAAGGAACAAGAGGCUAGCUCUGAGCCACAGGGAAUAGCAGGAACACUGUGUAAUCAAGCGCAGCGCUAGUUCAUACAGAGAACCCUUGUAUUGGCUUCAGCAAUGCAUCAGCUGACGUCGCACCAAUCAUAUUCUACCAACACUUCCUACCUUAAUAUGGCAGUCUAUAUAGAUGAUCACUCAUUCUCUGCUGCCUCUACUGCUGUUGCGUGCUGGAUAACAUUUUCUAGCACCGCCCAUCACCCCAGCCUCCACCUGUUAGGUUCUGGGUUUCCUUCCUGCAGGGGGAUUGGUACAGUGUACCUUGCUCACUGCCUGUAAUUAGCAUAAUCUUAACAUGAUGCACGCUCUGGCGGUGAGCUACCCCGAAGGAGGAGAGCCUAACGCCAAGACAACUUACUGCAGGUCCUGUAAUCUUUCGAAUAAAUGGAAACGAAUACGUGGUGUUUCCUGUCUGAACUGUGGCUACUCUCAAGAGAUAUAUGGCCUAUAUUUAUCUGUGCUAUAACCUGUUUUGAUUAUAAUGUACAGUUGUUGCUCUUAGGCCACAUAGCUCUUCUUGAGAGUAGCCAUGUACCUAUCUGGUUAUUGGUCUUAUAACCUGAUAUAAGUCUGAUUAUAAACUGGGUGAUUGUUGAUUGGCUGACAGCUGUGGUAUAUCAGACCGUAUACCACGGGUAUGACAAAACAUGUAUUUUUACUGUUAUAAUUACAUUGGUAACCAGUUUAUAAUAGCAAUAGGGCACCUCAGGGGGUUGUGAUAUGUGGCCAAUAUACAGUGGGGGAAAAAAGUAUUUAGUCAGCCACCAAUUGCGCAAGUUCUCCCACUUAAAAAGAUGAGAGAGGCCUGUAAUUUUCAUCAUAGGUACACGUCAACUAUGACAGACAAAAUGAGAAAAAGAAAUCCAGAAAAUCACAUUGUAGGAUUUGUAAUGAAUUUGUUUGCAAAUUAUGGUGGAAAAUAAGUAUUUGGUCACCUACAAACAAGCAAGAUUUCCGGCUCUCACAGACCUGUAACUUCUUCUUUAAGAGGCUCCUCUGUCCUCCACUCGUUACCUGUAUUAAUGGCACCUGUUUGAAGUUGUUAUCAGUAUAAAAGACACCUGUCCACAACCUCAAACAGUCACACUCCAAACUCCACUAUGGCCAAGACCAAAGAGCUGUCAAAGGACACCAGAAACAAAAUGGUAGACCUGCACCAGGCUGGGAAGACUGAAUCUGCAAUAGGUAAGCAGCUUGGUUUGAAGAAAUCAACUGUGGGAGCAAUUAUUAGGAAAUGGAAGACAUACAAGACCACUGAUAAUCUCCCUCGAUCUGGGGCUCCACGCAAGAUCUCACCCCGUGGGGUCAAAAUGAUCACAAGAACGGUGAGCAAAAAUCCCAAAACCACACGGGGGGACCUAGUAAAUGACCUGCAGAGAGCUGCAACCAAAGUAACAAAGCCUACCAUCAGUAACACACUACGCCGCCAGGGACUCAAAUCCUGCAGUGCCAGACGUGUCCCCCUGCUUAAGCCAGUACAUGUCCAGGCCCGUCUGAAGUUUGCUAGAGUGCAUUUGGAUGAUCCAGAAGAGGAUUGGGAGAAUGUCAUAUGGUCAGAUGAAACCAAAAUAGAACUUUUUGGUAAAAACUAAACUCGUCGUGUUUGGAGGACAAAGAAUGCUGAGUUGCAUCCAAAGAACACCAUACCUACUGUGAAGCAUGGGGGUGGAAACAUCAUGCUUUGGGGCUGUUUUUCUGCAAAGGGACCAGGACGACUGAUCCGUGUAAAGGAAAGAAUGAAUGGGGCCAUGUAUCGUGAGAGUUUGAGUGAAAACCUCCUUCCAUCAGCAAGGGCAUUGAAGAUGAAACGUGGCUGGGUCUUUCAGCAUGACAAUGAUCCCAAACACACCGCCCGGGCAACGAAGGAGUGGCUUCGUAAGAAGCAUUUCAAGGUCCUGGUGUGGCCUAGCCAGUCUCCAGAUCUCAACCCCAUAGAAAAUCUUUGGAGGGAGUUGAAAGUCCGUGUUGCCCAGCGACAGCCCCAAAACAUCACUGCUCUAGAGGAGAUCUGCAUGGAGGAAUGGACCAAAAUACCAGCAACAGUGUGUGAAAACCUGGUGAAGACUUACAGAAAACGUUUGACCUGUGUCAUUGCCAACAAAGGAUAUAUAACAAAGUAUUGAGAAACUUUUGUUAUUGACCAAAUACUUAUUUUCCACCAUAAUUUGCAAAUAAAUUCAUGAAAAAUCCUACAAUGUGAUUUUCUGCAUUUCUUUUUCUCAUUUUGUCUGUCAUAGUUGACGUGUACCUAUGAUGAAAAUGACAGGCCUCUCUCAUCUUUUUAAGUGGGAGAACUUGCACAAUUGGUGGCUGACUAAAUACUUUUUCCCCCCACUGUAUCACGGCUAAGGGCUGUGUCCAGGCACUCCGCGUUGCGUCGUGGUUAAGAACAGACCUUAGCCGUGGUAUAUUGGGGCCAUAUAACACACCCCCUCAGGCCUUUUUCUUAAUUAUAAUAUACUGUACUUGGCUACUCUCAAGAGCUACAGUCUAUAGCCCAUCUACUAGUUAUAUGUGGUAGGGUGUGUUAUCUGUGCUCAGGUUACAGUAUGUAAUGUCAGUGUAGUAUUGGACAAAGGGUUGGUAGCGUGGACAGCAGCCUUAUUGACAGAACCUGUGAGGUGCUCUUUAUGACCUGUGUCCUUCUCUUCUCUCUUGCUCUCUCUCUCCCUCCCUCCCUCCCUCCCUCCCCUGCCCUCCCCUCCUCUCCCUCCCCUCCUCUCCCAGGUACAGUAUGGACCCAGCGUAUCAUCACCCUGAUGUUUGACGAUGAUUUUCCAGAGGAGGCUAACUAGAUCUCUCUCUGCCUCCCUCCCUCCUUCCCCUGCCCUCCCCUCCUCUCCCUCCCCUCCCCCAGGUACAGUAUGGACCCAGCGUAUCAUCACCCUGAUGUUUGACGAUGAUUUUCCAGAGGAGGCUAACCAGAUCACCUAUGUGAGGAUGCCCUGGCUGGAGUUCCUGGAGAAGGGGAAGACCUACAGCGAGAGGUCCUCUCCACGCCUCUUCUGCUCCCAUCUACAACAGCACCUUAUGCCCAAGGGCCUGCACAAGAAGAAGGCCAAAGUGAGUGGGGUUAGAUGGUUACACAUACAGUAUUAUGCCUUCAGUCAGAUAGGUACAGCAGUGAGUGGGGUUAGACGGUAGUGAGUGGGGUUAGACGGUAGUGAGUGGGGUUAGAUGGUUACACAUACAGUAUUAUGCCUUCAGUCAGGCAGGUACAGCAGUGAGUGGGAAAGCUAGAGAGAUACACAUACUUAUAAUGUAGGCACACCUGCAGGGACGUACGCACACACUCUAUUAACACACACAUGCACACUGUUAACCCUAUAUCACCUCUGUCUCCUCCAUACACUCUACACACUGUUAACCCUAUAUCACCUCUGUCUCCUCCAUACACUCUACACACUGUUAACCCUAUAUCACCCUGUCUCCUCCAUACACUCUACACACUGUUAACCCUAUAUCACCCUGUCUCCUCCAUACACUCUACACCAGGGGCGGUGUGUUCAAUAGGGCGAUAUGGGCGACGCACUGCCAAACGGGAAAAGGAAGGGAUUUUUUUUCUAAUCAAUUAUAUCACGGCAACAGUAGUUAUCAGUGUUCUAAUCUGAUCUGACUGCCACUAAAUGUCCAAUCAGGCUAAAGUCGUGCUUCAAAUGCCCCCCCCCCCCCUUUUGGGGCGAUUUCAGUCAGGUUGAAAAUCGCCCAGAAGUCUGUCAUAGACUCCCAUGUAAAAUCUAUUUUUUUCAAAUUUCAGAGCUUUCAAUACAAUCUCUAUGGGUUUCUGAGGGCUUGCACUUACGCGCUUUCGUCAUACGUAACGUAACCAUGAACGUAACUAAGAAAAUAGCGGGUAGCAGCGUCUCUGUUGCGACCUGCAGUGUGGCGUUAUCUUAUGUUUUUAAUUUGUACACUUAGUGGCGUUAUUUUAUGUUUUUAAUUUGUACACUUAGUUUACAAACAUUCUGCCAACCAUGGAUUUCCAGUGGUGGGUUUUGGACUGAUCUUGUUGAUCGUGUACAUACCCGCUACGAACGGACUAAAUAAUGAAAACGCUGCUGGCAGCGGAAUCCAAUACAGCAGAACAAACUUCCCUUACCCACCACCUUGCUGAUUAAUGCCCAGUCACUGAGGGGGAAAGCGGAUGAGUUGUCAGCGAAUCUGCGCUUCCAACACGAAUAUCGGGAGGCCUGUUUGCUGGCAUUUACUGAGACUUGGCUGGAUGACAGAGUCCCGGACAGAGAAGUGGAGCCGGCCGGCUUCACCCUGGUCAGAGCGGACCGCGAUCUGACAGUCACAGGGAAAAUCGAUCCUGGUAAGAGAGCGACUCUGUACCCCCGACAUUGAACUGCUUUCUGUGUCACUGCGACCUUACUAUCUGCCCCGUGAGUUCCCCCAAUUGUUUGUUACCGUUGUGUACAUUCAACCAAGAGCUAAUAUAACAAAGGCAUCAGAGAUUAUUUAUAAUCUGUCACAGAAACUGGAAUCCAUCUCCCCAGAUCAGUCAAUAAAUGCUUCUGGUAUUGACUUAUAUGCUGCCCCUGUCUUCAUGUUGUUGCUGGACAUAUCUUUUUUUAAAUGUGUGUAGGUCACCUAAAUCAUCAGAAAAAUUGCCCCCCCUGAGAAUUUUUUCAGGAGCCGCCACUGCUCUACACACUGUUAACCCUAUAUCACCCCUGUCUCCUCCAUACACUCUACACACUGUUAACCCUAUAUCACCCCUGUCUCCUCCAUGCACUCUACACACUGUUAACCCUAUAUCACCCCUGUCUCCUCCAUACACUCUACACACUGUUAACCCUAUAUCACCCCUGUCUCCUCCAUACACUCUACACACUGUUUACCCUAUAUCACCCCUGUCUCCUCCAUACACUCUACACACUGUUAACCCUAUAUCACCCCUGUCUCCUCCAUACACACUACACACUGUUAACCCUAUAUCACCCCUGUCUCCUCCAUACACUCUACACACUGUUAACCCUAUAUCACCCCUGUCUCCUCCAUACACUCUACACACUGUUAACCCUAUAUCACCCCAGUCUCCUCCAUACACUCUACACACUGUUAACCCUAUAUCACCUCUGUCUCCUCCAUACACUCUACACACUGUUAACCCUAUAUCCCCCUGUCUCCUCCAUACACUCUACACACUGUUAACCCUAUAUCACCCCUGUCUCCUCCAUACACUCUACACACUGUUAACCCUAUAUCACCCCUGUCUCCUCCAUACACUCUACACACUGUUAACCCUAUAUCACCCUGUCUCCUCCAAACUGUUAACCCUAUAUCACCCCUUUUCCUACAUACACUCGAAACACUGUUAACCCUAUAUCACCCAUGUCUCCACCAUUACACACUACACACUGUUAACCUUAUAUCACCCCUGUCCCUCCAACACACUCACACUGUUAACCCUAUAUCCCCCUGUAUCCCAUACCCUCUAACAAUGUUAACCCUUAAUCAUCACCCUUCUUCCUCCCAUACACACUAUUAACCUUUUACUGCAGUGGGCUAAAUCAGGGUCACACAGAGUGUUUCUUGGUAGUCUUCAACAAAUCUACAGUCGUGGUCAAAAGUUUUGAGAAUGACACAAGUUUGCUGCUUCAGUGUUUUUAGAUAUUUUUGUCAGAUGUUACUAUGGUAUACUGAAGUAUAAUUACAAGCAUUUCAUAAGUGUCAAAGGCUUUUAUUGACAAUUACAUUACGUUUAUGCAAUGAGUCAAUAUUUGCAGUGUUGACCCUUCUUUUUCAAGACCUCUGCAAUCCGCCCUGGCAUGCUGUCAAUUAACUUCUGGGCCACAUCCUGACUGAUGGCAGGCCAUUCUUGCAUAAUCAAUGCUUGGAGUUUGUCAGAAUUUGUGGGGUUUUGUUUGUCCACCCGCCUCUUGAGGAUUGACCACAAGUUCUCAAUGGGAUUAGGGUCUGGGGAGUUUCCUGGCCAUGGACACAAAAUGUCGAUGUUUGUUCCCCGAGCCACUUAGUUAUCACUUUUGCCUUAUGGCAAGGUGCUUCAUCAUGCUGGAAAAGGCAUUGUUCGUCACCAAACUGUUCUUGGAUGGUUGGGAGAAGUUGCUCUCGGAGGAUGUGUUGGUACCAUUCUUUAUUCAUGGCUGUGUUCUUAGGCAAAAUUGUGAGUGAGCCCACUCCCUUGGCUGAGAAGCAACCCCACACAUGAAUGGUCUUAGGAUGCUUUACUGUUGGCAUGACACAGGACUGAUGGUAGCGCUCACCUUGUCUUCUCCGGACAAGCUUUUUUCCAGAUGCCCCAAACAAUCGGAAAGGGGAUUCAUCAGAGAAAAUGACUUUACCCCAGUCCUCAACAGUCCAAUCCCUGUACCUUUUGCAGAAUAUCAGUCUGUCCCUGAUGUUUUUCCUGGAGAGAAGUGGCUUCCUCGCUGCCCUUCUUGACACCAGGCCAUCCUCCAAAAGUAUUUGCCUCACUGUGCGUGCAGAUGCACUCACGCCUGCCUGCUGCCAUUCCUGAGCAGGCUCUGCACUGGUGGUGCCCUGAUCCUGCAGCUGAAUCAACUUUAGGAGACGGUCCUGGCGCUUGCUGGACUUUCUUGGGCGCCCUGAAGCCUUCUUCACAACAAUUGAACCUCUCUCCUUGAAGUUCUUGAUGAUCCGAUAAAUGGUUGAUUUAGGUGCAGUCUUACUAGCAGCAAUAUCCUUGCCUGUGAAGCCCUUUUUGUGCAAAGCAAUGAUGACGGCACGUGUUUCUUUGCAGGUAACCAUGGUUAACAGAGGAAGAACAAUGAUUUCAAGCACCACCCUCCUUUUUGUCACGAUCGUAAGACGGAGUAGACCAAGGCGCAGCGUGAUGAACGAACAUAUUUAUUAUCUUAAGUGAUAAUACAAAAACAACAAACAACAAACGAUACGUGCAGUCCUAGGGUUAACACAACCAACACGGAACAAACCAAACGGAACAAGAUCCCACAAACACUAAGGAAAAACAGACUGUUUAAAUAUGGUUCCCAAUCAGAGACAACCAGCAACAGCUGACACUCGUUGCCUCUGAUUGGGAACCACUCUGGCCAACAUAGAAAUACAAAACUAGGUAGUGAACAUAGAACAAAACACAUAGAAACUACACACCCUGGCUCAACAUAUAGAGUCCCCAGAGCCAGGGUGUGACACUUUUAAAGCUUCCAGUCUGUUAUUCUAACUCAAUCAGCAUGACAGAGUUAUCUCCAGCCUUGUCCUCGUCAACACUCUCACCUGUGUUAACGAGAGAAUCACUGACAUGAUGUCAGCUGGUCCUUUUGUGGCAGGGCUGAAAUGCAGUGGAAAUGUUUUUGGGGGAUUAAGUUCAUAUUCAUGGCAAAGAGGGAUUCAUCUGAUCACUCUUCAUAACAUUCUGGAGUAUAUGAAAAUUGGCAUCAUAAAAACUGAGGCAGCAGACUGUGAAAAUUAAUAUUUGUGUCAUUCUCAAAACUUUUGACCACGACUGUACUUUGAAACAAAAGUAUACACCUCACACACAUGGUUAUGGGCUUAAAAAAAUCAGUCCAUGUGUCACGACUUCCGCCGAAGUUGGUGCCUCUCCUUGUGCGGGCGGCUAUCGGCGGUCGUCGUCACCGGCUUUCUAGCUGCCACCGAUCUACGUUUCUGUUUUCCACUUGUUUUGUCAUUAUUGUACACACCUGGUUCCCAUCACGUAUGAUUAUUUCCCUAUUUAACCCUCUGGUUCCCUCAUGGUGUUGUGCGUGAUUGUUCUUUGUUUGGUGUUUAUGACUGCUGUGAGCUGAUGUAUUUCCCUGCGUGGAAAUUAGAUUUGUUGCUUUUCAAGUAAAGUUAGUCUAUUACUCAGUUCUGUGUCCUGAGCCUGACUCCGUCCUACCGCUGCACACUGACACCUGACACCAUGUCAGAUAUAGAGUUGAAUUGUAUUCAAUUUUAAGUUUGCAUCCCAAUAUUACACUUUAUUUACAUCACAGAAGACUGAAAUAUAACAAAACCGUUUGACAUAGAAACACCGGAUUUUCUGUGUAAAAAAAUAAAUAGUUUAUUAAUGAAAAAUAUGAAUAACAUUCCACCCAUGAGGCCACUAGAGGGCGCUUUUGGUCAUUUGACUGCAGGAAAGGGCUACCUCUAUAUCACCCCUAUCUCCUCCAUACACACUACUCACUGUUAACGUAUAUCUCCCCUAUCUCCUCCAUAGGUAAUCUAUGUGACCAGGAACCCUAAAGACACCCUGGUGUCCUACUUCCACUUCUCUAAGUUCAUGAAGAAUCUGGACAGUCCAGAACACUAUGACGAGAUGCUGGACAAGUUCUUCUGUGGAUGGAGUGAGUGCUACUAAUCCCAGUCCCUCCAUCAAAUGGCACUUCUUUGGCCAAAUUGGCUUCAUCAGUGUAACACAGUAUCAUACAAAACCAUAAGCUAACAAAAACUAACACACACUGACUAACACUUACUGUCUGUUGUCCUAUGUGAACCCAUCUCUUCAGUGGUUGGUGGCUGCUGGUUCGACCAUGUCAGAGGAUGGUACAACAACCAGGACAAAUACAACAUCUUGUUCCUCAGCUAUGAAGAGAUGAUCAAGGUAACAGACAUUUACACUGAUUAAAAUAUAUUUGUACCACAUGAAUACCUACACCGCUGACCUGUUAUAAGAUACAGUAGGCUACAUCAAUUAUGCAUCUGUUACUACUGCAACAAGUUGUGCAACAGGUAUAGCUUUAUAUGUAUCCAGCUGAACUAAACGUCAAACUUGACUGGUAUAACAGCUGCAGUAUAUAUGGGAAAGGGGGAUACCUAGUAAGUUGUACAACUGAAUGCAUUCAACUGAAAUGUGUCUUCCGCAUUCAGUCCAAACCCUUUCAAUCAGAGAGGUGCAGGUGGCUGCCUUAAUCGAUUUCUACGUCAUCGGCACCUGGAGAGCAGUUGUUGUUGGGGGUUAAGUGCCUUGCUCAGGGGAAUAACAGAUUUGUACCUUGUCGGCUCAGGGAUUCGAUCCAGCAACCUUUCGUUUAUUGGCCCAACGCUCCUAUCCGCCAGACUACCUGCCGGAAUCUGGGUACUAAUAAUAUCAAAUUUGAGUUUUUUUUGCAUAUCACAAAUAUACUGAACAAAAAUAUGAACGCAACAUGCAACAAUUUCAAAGAUAUUACCCAGUUAAAGUUCAUAUAAGGAAAUCAGUAAAUUGAAAUAAAUUCAGUAGGCCCUAAUCUAUGGAUUUCACAUGACUGGGCAAAUCAAAUCAAAUCAAAUGAUAUUGAUCACAUACACAUGUUUAGCAGGGGUGCAGCCAUGGGUGGACCUUGGAGGGCAUAGGCCUACCCACUUGGCAGCCAGGCCCAGCCACUGGGGAGCCAGGCCCAGCCAAUCAGAAUGGGGUUUUCCCCACAAAAGGGCUUUAUUACAGACAUAAAUACUUGUGGUCUGCGGUUUUGAGGCCAGUUGGAAUUACUGCCAAAUUCUCUAAAACGACGUUGGAGGCAGCUUAUGGUAGAGAACUUAACAUUAAAUUCUCUGGCAACAGCUCUGGUGGACAUUCCUGCAGUCAGCAUGCCAAUUGCAUGCUCCCUCAAUGCUUGAGAAAUGUAUGUCAUUGCGUUGUGUGACAAAACUGCACAAGGUGCACCUGUGUAGCGAUCAUGCUGUUUAAUCAGCUUCUUGAUAUGCCACACCUUUCAGGUGGAUGGAUUAUCUUGGCAAAUGAGAAAUGCUCACUAACAGGGAUGUAUAUAAAUGUGUGCACAACAUUUUAGAGAAAUAAGCUUUUUGUGUGUAUGGAAGAUUUCUGGGAUUUUUUAUUUCCGCUCAUGAAACAUGGAACCAUCACUUUACAUGUUGUGUUUAUAAUUUUGUUCAGUUACAUGACACUUUGGUUUUAUUUGAUGUGUCCUGCUACAACAGGACCUGAGGUCAGUGGUAGUGCGUCUGGCUGAGUUUGUAGGGAAGUGCCUGUCUGAUGCAGCUAUAGACAGCAUAGUGGAGAGAGUCACCUUCAAUAACAUGAAGAAAGAUGACAAGGCCAACUAUGAGUUCCUGCCUGAUCACGUCAAAGACAAGAACAAGGGGAAGUUCCUACGCAAAGGUGAGGAAAAUAAGAUUUCCUACUAG